CGGCGAGCCGCGGCCAGUGGAGGACUGUCCGGCUCGGGGCGUGGGGUUCUGGGGGGUCUCGCGGUCUGAGGCCACCCCGGUUUGGAAAAUGUUGGCCUGAGCCUGGGGUCCAGGCAUGGAAUUCCUGACAACUUCCCAAUCUCCCUCAGGCCCUCCAGCAAUGGACUUGGAGGAGCCCAGGGACACAAUUUCACCCUCCCAGGACCUCACCCCCAACUGCCAGUGGGACCGGGUGCCGGGACGCUCCGGCAGCCUGAGUCAGAUGGAACUCGAUGGGCCAAGUAUUGAGGACCUGGCGCAACAGUUUGAGGCUCUGCCUGGUGAUCUGGUGGGCUUGUGCCCGGAUGGACCUCCCUGCCCCUUGCACGUGGCCACGGGCCACGGCCUGGCCUCCCAGGACGUUGCUGAUGCCCAUGGGCUCUUGUCUGCCGAGGCCGGCCGAGACGACCUGCUGAGCCUUUUGCACUGCCAGGAAUGCCCUCCUUCCCAGUCUUGUCCCAAGGAGCCUCCGGACCCUGCCCCUCGCCCGCUGCAGCCCCCUGAGGACCCAGACGGAGAUACCAGUGCCCCGGAAUGGGUGGAGGGAGCUUCUGCCGAGCAUGGCGGCAGCAGGAGCUCAAGCAGCUCCCCGGAACCGUGGCUGGAGACGGUACCUCUGGUUGCUCCUGAAGAACCGCCUGCCAAUACCCAGAACCCCAAGACCCUGGUGACAUACCCUGCCCUCCAGGAGGUACCUGGUCCCUGUGACCAUGAAGACCUCCUAGACGGUGUCAUAUUUGGGGCCAAAUACUUGGGCUCCACCCAGCUGGUGUCCGAGCGGAACCCGCCUCCCAGCACACGCAUGGCCCAGGCCCGGGAGGCAAUGGACCGUGUCAAGGCCCCUGACGGGGAGACCCAGCCCAUGACGGAAGUGGACCUCUUUGUGUCCACCAAGAGGGUCAAAGUUCUGACGGCCGACUCCCAGGAGGCCAUGAUGGACCACGCCCUGCAGACCAUCUCCUACAUUGCUGACAUCGGCAGUGUGCUGGUGCUCAUGGCCCGGCGGCGGCUGGCCCGGCGGCCGGCAUCCCAGGCCCACAGCCAUAGGCUCUACAAGAUACUGUGCCACGUCUUCCACUCUGAGGACGCCCAGCUCAUCGCUCAGGCCAUCGGCCAGGCCUUCACCGUGGCCUACAGCCAGUUCCUUCGGGAAAGCGGCGUCGACCCCAACCAGGUGGGUGCCCAGCAGAGCCAGGGCGCCGCGGGCCCCGGCCACCUCCACAAUGGGGACCUCGACCAUUUCUCCAACAGCGAGAACUGCAGGGAGGUGUGCAUCGAGAAGCGCCGGGGCGAGGGCCUGGGCGUGGCCCUGGUGGAGUCGGGCUGGGGCUCCCUGCUGCCCACGGCUGUCAUCGCCAACCUGCUGCAUGGGGGUCCCGCCGAGCGCUCGGGGGCCCUCAGCAUCGGGGACCGCCUCACUGCCAUCAAUGGGACCAGCCUGGUGGGGCUGUCCCUGGCUGCCUGCCAGGCCGCCGUCCGCGAGGUGAAGUCACAGACCUUGGUGACCCUCAGCAUCAUCCACUGCCCGCCGGUCACCACAGCCAUCAUCCGCCGGCCCCACACCCGUGAACAGCUGGGCUUCUGCGUGGAGGACGGCAUCAUCUGCAGUCUCCUCCGGGGUGGAAUCGCAGAGCGCGGGGGCGUGCGUGUGGGGCACCGCAUCAUCGAGAUCAACGGGCACAGUGUGGUGGCCACGCCGCACGCCCGCAUCAUCGAGCUGCUCACCGAGGCCCACACGGAGGUCCACAUCAAAAUGAUGCCGGCCGCCACCUACCGCCUGCUCACCGGCCAGGAGCAGCCCGUGUACCUGUGACCAGCCACCAGCGCCCCCCUCCCUCCCUC